AUGAGCCGCCAAUUCACCUGCAAGUCGGGAACUGCUGCCAAGGGGGGCUUUAGCGGCUGCUCAGCAGUGCUCUCAGUGGGCAGCUCAUCCUCCUACCGGGCAGGUGGCAAAGGGCUCAGUGGGGGCUUCAGCAGCCGGAGCCUGUACAACUUGGGGGGUGCCCGGAGCAUCUCCUUUAAUGCGGCCAGUGGAAAUGGGCGAGCAGGGGGCUACAGGUUUGGCCGGAGCCGGGCCAGUGGUUUUGCGGGCAGCAUGUUCGGCAGUGUGGCCCUGGUGCCCAUGUGCCCAUCCGUGUGCCUUCCGGGAGGCAUCCAUCAGGUCACCAUCAACAAGAGCCUCCUGGCCCCCCUCAAUGUGGAGCUGGACCCCGAGAUCCAGAAAGUGCGUGCCCAGGAGCGGGAGCAGAUCAAGGCUCUGAACAACAAGUUUGCUUCCUUCAUUGACAAGGUGCGGUUCCUGGAGCAGCAGAACCAGGUGCUGGAGACAAAGUGGAACCUGCUGCAACAGCUGGACCUGAACAAUUGCAGGAACAACCUGGAGCCUAUUUACGAGGGCUACAUCAGCAACCUGCGAAAGCAGUUGGAGACGCUAUCUGGGGACAGGGUGAGGCUGGAUUCAGAGCUGAGGAGCAUGCAGGACGUGGUAGAGGACUACAAGAAGAGGUAUGAAGAGGAAAUAAACAAGCGCACGACUGCAGAGAAUGAAUUUGUGGUGCUUAAGAAGGAUGUGGAUGCAGCUUACAUGAGCAAGGUGGAGCUUCAGGCCAAGGUGGAUGCCCUGGAUGGAGAAAUCAAGUUCUUCAAGUGCCUGUACGAGGGGGAGAUUGCUCAGAUCCAGUCCCACAUCAGUGACACAUCUGUCAUCCUGUCCAUGGACAACAACAGGAACCUGGAUCUGGACAGCAUCAUAGCCGAGGUCCGCACCCAGUAUGAGGAGAUCGCCCUGAAGAGCAAGGCCGAGGCUGAGGCCCUGUACCAGACCAAGUUCCAGGAGCUGCAGCUGGUGGCCGGCCGGCAUGGGGAUGACCUCAAACACACCAAGAAUGAGAUCUCAGAACUGACCCGUCUCAUCCAAAGGCUGCGCUCAGAGAUCGAGAGUGUGAAGAAGCAGUGCUCCAGUCUGGAGACGGCCAUUGCUGACGCCGAGCAGCGGGGGGACAAUGCCCUGAAGGACGCCCGGGCCAAGCUGGAUGAGCUGGAGGGCGCCUUGCACCAGGCCAAGGAGGAGCUGGCCCGGAUGCUGCGUGACCACCAAGAGCUCCUGAGCCUGAAGCUGGCCCUGGACAUAGAAAUCGCCACCUACCGCAAGCUGCUGGAGGGAGAGGAGUGCAGGAUGUCUGGAGAAUACACCAACUCCGUGAGCAUUUCGGUCAUCAGCAGCUCCACAGCCGGGACUACGGGCUCAGGGGCCGGCUUUGGGUUCAGCAGUGCCAGCACCUGUGGCUACUGGCCCAGCUCUGUUGGUGGGGGCUAUGGCAUACUGUCUGGGGGCUGUGUCACUGGCAGUGGGAACUGCAGCCCCCGUGGGGAGGCCAAAACCAGGCUGGGGAGUGCAAGUGAAUUCAAGGACUCCCCAGGGAAGACCUCAGCUCUGAACUCACCCACCAAGAAAUCCACGAGAUAA